GAGGUCACUGUUGGUUUUCAAGAUGGCGGCGCUCAAUAUAUUGGUGUCCUCUUGCGGGCGGCUGUUACGAGGGCUAUUAGCUGGCCCGGCCAAGACCAGCUGGGCUCGGCCUCCAACACGCGGGUUCAGGGAAGUGGUGGAGAUCCAAGAAGGGAAGACAACUAUAAUUGAAGGCCGUAUCACAGGGACCCCCAAGGAGAGUCCAAAUCCUCCUAACCCCUCUGGCCAGUGCCCCAUCUGCCGGUGGAAUCUGAAGCACAAGUACAGCUAUGAGGAUGUUCUGCUGCUCAGUCAGUUCAUCCGGCCUCACGGAGGCAUGCUGCCCCGAAAGGUCACAGGCUUGUGCCUAGAAGAGCACCGCAAGAUUGAGGAAUGUGUGAAGAUGGCCCACCGAGCAGGUCUGUUCCCAAAUCACAGGCCUCGGCUUCCUGAAGGAUUCGUUCCGAAGAGCAAACCAAAACUCAACAGGUACCUGACCCGCUGGUCUCCCCGCUCUGUCAAGCCCAUCUACAAUAAAGGCCACCGCUGGAACAAGGUGCGCAUGGCUGUGGGGUCACCCCUCCUCAAAGACAACGUCUCCUACUCAGGAAGACCUCUGGCGCUGUAUCAUUGACUGAGGGCUUCCUGACAGCCUGGCCAGACCUGAUCCUGCUGCCGAGCCCUGGGCCACAGUUCAGCCCCAUCUGUCCCACCAGGGUGGCCCCGCGCUUCCAGCAUGAGCAGCAGGAAGGACUGCAGGACCAACUCCAGAGCCUGCCCAGCAACAGAGCUGGGAGCUAAGGGCAGGGAGGGCACUUGGCUCUUUGGCAGCUGCCGUGAUCUCGUGACUGGCUUGGGUUGGAGGACAAUUUUGCCCAAAGGAGUGUCAUAAAUCAGGCACAUGUGCUUCCCCACGGGGUGUGUGCUCACUGCUUGGGAAGUGCCGGGGAAGGAGCGG